AUGAAGGUUUUCAUUUUCAUGGUCGUCCUCGUUCACGCUGUCACAUCUUCACCGGUACCAUCUUCUUCACAGUAUUGCCUUCCUAUGAACCAAGCCGACUACGAAUCACGAGAGAGGAACGGUCAUCUUGUCUAUCCUAAUCAAGAUGCCUUUGCCCUUCAGAGCUUCAAUCUUUCAGAUGCUGAUAUUGGUAGGAUAGAGACAUCAAGCUGCCCAUACGAUGGCGUUUCCAGCCCCCAGAACUGCCCGACCGGUGCCAAGCCAAGUGCCUCUGAACCAGUCAACUCCAACCAGGAUGGUACGUGCCCUUGGACCUAUGUUGAGUGCUUUGACCCCGACCGUAUCCCGAUGUCGAUCAGCAUGGCACAGUGUCAAUGUUCAGCGUGUCUAGAUCCUUACUCUCACGAAGCUGAUCCUGACCUACGAUGUCAACCCAUCUUUCAUAACAUGAAGGUCCUGAGAAAAACCCAGUGUGUGGAUGGUCUGUACCGAUACGAGAAGGAGACUGUCAAAGUACCGGUAGCAUGUGGAUGCAUGAGGCAACGAGUAGCAUAAUCCGGCCUCCACUUCGGCAAAAAAUAUGUCGAAAAUACCAAAGAAGAAACG